UACUUAACUCGUGCUACUAAGUAGAAAUUUACUUUUACAUCGAUUUGCCCUAAUUCGGGAAGCGAUUACGUGUCGUGGCCACAUCUGUGAGAGGGAAUUAUUUUGGCGGGAGCCAUAUAUUUGGGAUUAUUUUUCCUACGGUUCCCGGAGUCGGUUUUUCUCCAAACAAAAACCACCCCAAAGCUCGGGAAGUCCUCUUCCCAAGGGUGCCCAUAUUUCCCGGAUGGUGAAAAUUUGUGGAAAAUUAUUCCGCGCCAAAAUCCACCUCAUCGAUUCGGGAGGGAAAAUAUCUUCCUCUUUUUCGUGAUAGUGUACAUACUCUGUGUGACGACAAGAGCUGCGCAAAUCGCUUAGCAGCAUAUGAGCAGAGGAGAAAAAAAAACCCAACCAGCAGCGAGCGACCAAAGCAGGAGAAUGUGAAGAAGAGCAUUGAAAAAAUUCAUUUCGUGUCAGAACUUCGGCUGUGGUGCCUCGUUGGAUCUCUAAAUCGGGCUCCGGUUCAGCUGCAAAUCGUUCGGAAUCAAGCCGGUUCCUGGUGCCUCAGAUGGUCCAAGGAAUCCACUACCGGAAAACGUAAGGUAGUUACCUUCUCUAGGAAGAAAUUUAGCUACAAUUCAGGCUGAAAGUUGGACCCCACUCGUGGGGGAGAAUAACCUGAUUGCUUAGCAAAGAGAGUCAGCCAUUUAAUUUUUCCACGUUCCUUCAUUCUCCGAACUUCCUUCGGAUUCCUAGGGUGAACAAUCCGCGGGCUCACUGUGCGCGUUUUGCAAGUGUAUGAACUCGGCGCAAAAUUCUUAUUCAAGCUCGCAAAGAAGUUGAAGAAAUUGAGGGUAGAAAAUUCCCCCAAAAGUGUCCCAAGUGUUGAGGAACACACACUGCUCAGGGUAGCAGGAGGAACUUGGACCGGAAACCGGGCCUUUUCGGUCCUCUCGAUACCAUGGAUCACUAUAGUUCCGAAGAUGCCAGCAGAUCAUCAGACAUUCCAGAAUCCCGAACCAGAAACAACCGUAAACGAAAGUACAUCCCGGACGAUGCGGACCAGGAGAACCAGCGACCAGCGAAACGUCAUGGAACGGAACGACGGUCUCCUAUUCCUGCAUCGUCCGCUCCAUCGGUCCCGAUGCCUUCGGUGGUCAGUUCUGCGACGUCCAGCAACAGUGCGGCCAGCAUUCACAUACCUAGCAGUGACUACACCUCAGAUACCCAGAGCUCGUCCGAUUGUUUCUCAACGGCGGCCGAGUUCGACAUCUUCCCGCUGGCUAGUCCACCCUCUGUAAAUAGCAAUAUUCUCAGUCCCUCCUGUGAUGGUUCGCGGGGCAGUUGGAACACCAAAGGUGACACGACGCCUCGCGGCAACCGGAAGCUGCAGCAACAGCAGCAACAACACCACAAUCAUCCCCCGCAUCAUCACCACAACCAUUCGCAUCACCACUGUAGUCAGCAUCAGAAUGGGAACAGUGACAGCAGCUGCUGCAGUGGAUGUUGUAGCUCCAACGGUUGUAGUAAAGCGGCUUCUCGGUUACCUUCCCUCUCCUGCUGUGUGACACCCUCGUCGGAGCUGAGAAGCUGUCCGCUGCCGACACUUCUCUGGGCCGAAUCGACCGAGGUGUGGAAGCUCAUGUGCCGCAAGGACGAAAAGGCUUCGCUGGAGCGAGAGCCGAGCAUGUUCGAUCAGCACCCUGGCCUUCAACCUCGAAUGCGGGCAAUUCUGCUUGACUGGUUGAUCGAGGUUUGUGAGGUGUACAAACUUCACCGGGAAACGUACUAUCUGGCGGUGGACUACAUCGAUCGGUUCCUGAGCCGGAAGAAGGAGCAAAAGAAAACACACCUGCAACUGCUCGGCAUCACCUCGCUGUUUGUGGCUGCUAAAGUUGAGGAGAUUUACCCGCCCAAAAUCGGAGAAUUCGCCUACGUAACAGAUGGCGCCUGUUCAGAGGAAGACAUCCUACGGGAGGAGCUGUUGCUGCUCAGUGAGCUGCAGUGGUGCAUCAACCCGGUUACUGUCAUGGGCUGGCUGGGACUGUACAUGCAGAUCAACGUUACCAGUCGGCAGUUGGAACCUGUGAAACAAUCCUCCUGUCGAAAGCAGCAAUCCCAAGGUGCUGCUGCUGCUGCUAAAUCGCUGGCCGAGAGCAAAUGUUCGGAGGCGUUCGUUUAUCCACAAUUCUCCGGCAUGGAGUUUGCCCAGACUGCUCAGCUAAUUGAUCUGUGUUCGCUGGACGUUAAUCUGGCGAAUUUCCCGUAUUCUGUGAUUGCUGCGGCUGCCGUUAGUCAUACGUUCGACCGGAAAACUGCCACCACCGUGUCCGGGCUUGAUUGGGAAGUGAUUGCUCCCUGUGCCAAGUGGAUGGAGCCGUACUUUUUGGUGAUCUGCGAUGAGAAUGAACUCUCACCAAUGGCGCUGCUGGAAAGUAACGAUCAGGUUAAAAGUAGCUACGGUUUGCUGCACGUGUGCCCUAACCUGGUUACGGACAGUUCGCACAUCAUUCAAACCCACACAACCACUUUAGAUAUGUUUGAUCGCGCGACGCUUCGGAGAGAGCAGCUGGAAACGUUGGCCAGUAUGAUCCAGCAAGAAGCGUCACCGGCACAAAUUCUCGACCCAGAAGGUCUUCUUACCCCACCCGCCUCCAGCCGCAAAUCGUUGGAUGCCGUUAUUCCCGGUGUUACAAGCACCACAUCCACGGCAACGGGCGGAACGGCGGCAGCAACAGUGGCACUCGAAAUAGAGAAUAAGAUAGCGGUGAUAAUCACUUGAUAGGACUUGAUAGGUAUAAGAAAACUGCACUGUUCAUCGUAAUUAUUUAGUGUAAUGUGUGUUGUGACAAUCUACCUGGUCCAUCUUUUCUCUCCUUCAAUUUGUAUGUUCUUCUUUGGUUCUAUUAGAUUUUAUUGUGACCCAAUUAUUUAAAGAAAGGCUAAUUUAUUAUUUUUUUGUAUGCAAUUUGAUUUCAAUGGUAGGAAGCAGAAGGAUUUCAUUUUCCUCUUAGGAUGCUGUAAAAUUAUUUUAGUCGUGUGACAAUUUCCAAGUGACAUUAAUGUAUGGAUGUCGCGCGACAAAAAUUUGUAGCACGAACUUUUUCUGUCACAUGAUCAUAAGCAAAUGGGGAAUAAACAAACUCUUUCAAAGUCAUCCAUCAAUGCAAGUUUGAAUCUUAUCAUGUCAUGUAAAAUACGUUAGAUCCUUUCCAAAACUUAUAACUUAAUAGUCUUAUAAAUCCCAGUAAUACCUAACGCCCCAAAAUAGCAUCUAACUUGAACUAAUGCAAUUUAUCCAACACAAAAUGCAUCCUUUCCUAAUAACGUUUUAAUCCCUCCAAGCUUAUCCAAAUAAUCAUUUAACUUGAUACCUAUAGUUAGCUAACCACUAAUCAUUCCUUGAUAAUGAAAAAUGAGAUAUAGAUUAUAUCAUUCCUUCAUUUAAGUAUUAUUCAUGUUUUCUUUUCUCUCGAAAUCAAAAUUUCAGAAAACUAGUGUUAUCUGAGAAUUUGAUUUCGAUUCAACCAUCCACACAUUUAACACUCACUUUUUCAUUUUUAGACGAAUCGCAAUACAUUUGCCUUACCAAGUACAUCUAAUUUACGUUCAAACCCGCGCCAAGAACAACCCCAGAGAAAAUAAAAAAAAUCAAGACUUGAAGCUUUUCUUUGACAAAAGUUUUCUUUAGUUCUAGGAGAGAGAAAGAUCGACCACACAAAACUUUAAUAAUAUCGAACCGCUGUAACCAUAGCGUAAUUUAGUUCGUUAAGUAUUUGAGAAAAGAGAAAUAGUACGCUUAUUACACGCUUAGGUCACAAACUACUAGAAAACCCUACACUUCAGUUAUGCGCUUUAAUCAUCGUCGCCGUAUCGGUCCUAGUAAGGCGAUAUGCGAAUUAGUUUUCUAAGAUGACAAUAAUUACCGUUCAAUAAUAUAUUCCCGGUUGAAGUGAAGCUAGGGUGAGUGUGAUAUAGCAAGACAGGACUACAAAAGCAAACUGAAUACUGACUGUUCAAGAUAAUCUUAGAUUUCGAUAGGAUGAAUAAUUUCCAAUUGUAUAGUAGAGAUCUCAGAAUAUUUGACCAUAACAAACAGGCGAGGACGCGGCUGUUUUGGCCAAAGCGAGAAAUUCUAACUGUUACGAACUGUUACUUAAAAUUAAGGUAAAUUCUAACCUGUUGCAACGCUAACUCUUGGAUUUCAUUGUAGUUGAGUAUUUUAUUGCUAUAUUAAACAAUAGUGUAGGUUAGGGAGGAUUUCCUAGGUCUUUGUAAGUAGAACACAUGCAAUUUGUAUAAAAUAAUUAGGAAAUUGAGAAAAAUAAAUAAAAAUAUUGAAAUUAGAAA